AAGGUGCAACCACGGCAACCAGACGGCAGAGCGUAAACAGGCUCCAGCGAAGAGGGUCGUGUUGACAUUACCAAAUAUUAUUCUCUUCUGGAACAGGACACGAGUUGAAAUGGUAGGGGGAGGAAGUACAGUAUUUUCGAGUCUGUUUCUGGCUGUUGUGCUUUUAACCAACACCUGUUCCGUGAUUUCUGCAGAUGGAGAGACAGCUGUUCAAGAAAAUGAGACGACAGGCGACGACCCCCCUUCUUCCGCCAUCCCGCUGACCAUCAAGGAAAUCCACAAAGUCAGGCGACGCGACGACCCGAGCGGCAGACAGCAGAACAUAAGGCUGGUUGUUGAUCACCACGACCCGAUCUCAGGCGCCGACACGUUCACCCUCACUCUACAGACGUUCGGUAACGAGACGAUUUCAUACGAGGCUGUCCAGUUACCGGAUCCAAGUGCCACGGAAUUCGAGUUUGAAGGGAAUUUCGUUGACGCGGAGGCCAUUUUCGUCGAGGCUGAGAGGAAUGGGUCGACGCUGGCAUAUGGCUUCGUCCACGUUGACGUUGAAGACACCGGGUCGAGAGUGGCGUGGGUAGGGGACCCUAAAACGCCGUCCCUGAGGGUGGAUCCGGGAGGAAGGGCGCAGGUGGAAGUCCCUGGCCGUCCUUCCUGCGUCAGGAAGGCUUCGGGAGGACCUUGCUAUUACUUCGGCCGCAGCGACAGCCCUCUGGACCUUCCUCCUCCCCGUUGCGAUGACCUCGGCCUGAUCGUGUUUUGUGACGAGGUCGUGGCGGACGUGCAGCAACCAGAAUUUCCCACGACCCUGGAGCUGUACAACCGAGAGGCCCUUAGAGUCUUCAUUUCUUCCACAAAUCGUACCGAGGUCGUCGUCUCCAUACCCGAGAACGACACGAUCCUAUCCCCCAACGACUACGCCUGCCGAGAGUCGUACAUGCAUACGUGUGAACAGCUUGUAGACGUCCCCGAGAGCCUGGAUUACCUCUACAUCAUAGCUGUUGACUUAGACGAUGAGGGUUAUGCGAACGUGUCCAGCGGCGCUCUGUUUGAAGUGUUCAAGGCCCGCGUCGUCCGCCUGGCUCACGACGUCUACGAAGUGGUCCUCGCUCCCUCCAACUCCCCUGGGACCUACAGCGUGUCCCUGAACGCCAACGCCCGCGUGUCCUGCGGCGGCGACGGGGCUCAGGAGGACUCGGGGUGUCGCGUGUACUUCGACAGAGCGAUCUAUGACUAUAACCUUACGCUGUCGAAAGGCUGGGUCCCCAACAUGGUGAUUUAUCCAGUGUGUGAGGAAGAUCCUCCGCCAAGCUCGAAGAUCUACAGCAUCACCUCUUUGAGCGAAAGUUCUACGAAGAUGAGGGUGCAGAUCCAAAGCCCCAGGACCAUCGCAAAGGCCGAGUUUAUCUUAUUCGAGGACUACGUCGCCACGAGCAGCCAGGAGGUCGAGGUGUACCUUUCGGAUUCGGGUUAUAUUGUGGACGUGCCCGCGUGCGAAGGGCGAUGCGAGCUCGUUAUCUUGGGUUACGGGGUCGAUGGGACUCUGGUAGAGACAGGGCAAGCCUACGUAAAACUUGAAGACCCGGAUGUGAACGUCGCCGAGGUGGGCAGGGAUGCCGCGCAGGCCGUUUCAUCCCUUCGAGUGGAAGCCACCUUGGAAAACGAAGCUAUAAUUGAGGGCGUGGGGAAAUGCAAAGGAUUUAGCAGUCCUUGCUACUUCUUCCAGCUUGCGAGGGAGAAGGUGGAGUCUGCAACGUACUGUAACAACAUUACCACUUUACCCAUUUACGGCCUCAAUAGAACGUCGCUCUUUCACUGCAGCGAUUCUGUCACGCCUUACAAAGAACUCCCUGGCGACUUCUCCGUGUCCAUGCCAGAUAAUUUCAAGGUGGUGGUGAGUGGCAGUUUCCCUACCAACUUGACAGAGGUCGUUGUGUUCGACCCGAAUACACCUCAAGAGGAGCUCUCGAUAGGACACACAGUCUGCUCUGAAAUAACUGAGACUACAAAAGAUUGCAUGCGUUACAUCAAUCACCCAGAUGAUGAAAGUACUCUGAGGGUGUUGGUGACAGCGCUAGACAGCAAUGGAACUGUUUUGAGUUCAGCAAUGAUGACCUACGAGUAUACGCAUCCCGAGAAGCGGACGCCAACUUGGGUAAUCGUUGUGGCGGUGUUGGGCUGCCUGGCGCUCGCUGCUGGCGCUGCCUCUGUCCUCUGCCGCAAGAAGAAACAGUGAAGUCAAAUUCUCUCCAUGUAAAAAA